UAUGUAGGGGGAAUUAACAAAUAUCCAGAAAACUUCGACGCUAUCGCAGAAACACCGGUUGGAGAAGGAAUCCUUGGACAUGUGCUGGAGAUGCUGCUAGCCAGGUUUGACUUCAUGGACCGUAAGCUGUUAGAACUGCAAGUUGACCUGCACGAGCUCCACGAGGAGGUGGAACGGAACAGUGGCCACAACGAAAACACGCUGGAUGAUUUUCAGUGGGUCAUUCAUCAUCUAGACCAGGACGUCGGAAGGAACUUCAUUUUACUCCAGGAUCGUUCGUUGAUCAUCCUAGACCAACAAACAGCGUGUGCUAACCAUGAUCGACUGCGCGAGAAGCUAUUGGACUACAACUCGAAGUGGAACCAAACAUCAUACAAACCUCUGGAACAGAUUUAGCUUUUUUUUCAAAUCGCGCAUCGCGGAUUGUGUCACGACCUCAUCGACAACAUCCCAGCUGGAUAGCACCACAUAAGCGAUGGCAACAGAACCAAAAGCUUCUAC